CUUGGCCAGAGGCACAGCAGAAACAUGUUUACAGAAAUGGAAUAUUGUUAUUGUUCAUAGCUAAGAACUAAGAUCUUUUUUUUUUUUUUUGUGUUAAUUUUUUGGGUUGAGUUAAAUCAAUGGCUGGGAUGCUUCCUGGUGUUGAAUGUGCUCGGAGGAGAAGAUGCCAUCAAAGCGGAGGGAGUUCUGAUUCUCUGAGUGCACCUGCUUAUGGCUGGACAAGAAGGCCUUCCUUCUGUUUGUACACAAGCAACAAUGAAAAAACCCACCACAUCACCUCUACUUUUCUAAUGAAGAAGCAGGGAAGUAUGUCAACUCAAGUAUACCAGGAUGAUGAUGAUCAAAAACUAGGAGUAAAAGCCAGAGAAGCCAAGGAGAGAUUGAAUGAGAGGCUGAGAGCACAAAGAAAAUCAGAAUCAAAAAGGCAAAACGGGAAAUCAGUGGGGAAAGGAGAUCAGCUGCAAAAGGAGGUAUAUGGAACAAGGAAAAGUGGUUCGAGGAGGUUCAGCUGGGCCAAGCUGAGCUGGAAGGCAUCAGACCAAGAAGUGUGUGCCAUUUGCUUGGAAAGGUUCAGGGCUGGUGAGAAUCUGGUGCACCUGCCUUGUGCCCACAGGUUCCACCAUGGGUGCUUGGUUCCAUGGCUAGAGAACAAUUCUCAUUGCCCUUGUUGCCGAAUGGGGAUAAAUGUUAUGACCCAUAUUUAAUCUUGCUUGGUGUUUUGGAAAUAUGUAAUCUAAAUUAAAACUUUGUUGGUGUAAUGUAAUUGUUGUGAAUAUAGUUGAGUUUUGGUAGUA